CUACUUCCGGGUUCCUGCAUUCUGGUCCAGACCCACUUCUCUGCACCGCUCAAGACGCGUACAUUGAACACGCCACGGGCGGGCAGCUCCGCGGCAUCGAUCGUGGCUCCUUUAAGAAAAACUAAGCCAGAAAUAUCACCCCACCUCUUCUUGAUCUCAUUCAGAGGCUUUUGCAUUAAAUAAUCUGCUCAGGAACUGAGAGUGAUCAAAGAAAGGAGAGAGCUUGAUUUUUUUUGCGCGUGCAUCUGCGUGUUUAACAUUUAGGGUUCCCCAACCCGGAGGAAGCGCACCGCGGAUCAUCAUUCAUUCUGUACUUUGACAACCUCGCUUUUGAUUGACAGUUGGAGUGGCGAAAAGCCAUGGGACUCGCUGGUUUUGUCUGAGGGGCAUUUCAAUUGCCUACUGGUUUGGAAACGAAGAUUUGUUCCCUCCACGUCCAGGCUGAGAGCGAAGGAGCUAUUUUCGCUGCCGUGUAAUGUUUUACCUUUAGCUGAACUGGGAGCUGAAGGUUCUGGGCUCGUCCGCCGAAGGAAACACACGGGAUUUUGAAUCUCGCUUUUGGAGUUUACGCGCUUACUUCCCUUCACCCUGGCCUCUUAGGAGAUAUCUAAAGUCAGUGGAAGAACAGGGCGCGAGGAAGGCCGAUGGCGCAAAGGUACGAAGAUUUACCGCAUUAUGGAAUGGACGGCGUAGGACUCCCGACCACGAUGUAUGGGGACCAUCACGCGGCCAGAUCCAUGCAGGCUGUUCACCUGAAUCAUGGCCCCCAGCUACAUUCUCACCAGUACCCGCACUCAGCCCACAACGCUAUGCCGCCCAGUAUGGGCUCCUCGGUGAACGACGCUUUAAAAAGAGAUAAAGAUUCCAUUUACGGGCACCCGCUCUUUCCUCUCCUAGCACUGAUUUUUGAAAAAUGUGAAUUAGCAACCUGCACGCCGAGAGAACCGGGGGUUGCGGGAGGUGACGUGUGUUCGUCUGAAUCUUUCAAUGAAGACAUAGCAGUAUUUGCAAAACAGAUUCGAGCAGAAAAACCUUUAUUUUCAUCGAACCCAGAACUGGAUAAUUUGAUGAUACAAGCAAUUCAAGUAUUACGAUUCCAUCUAUUGGAGCUGGAGAAGGUGCACGAACUCUGUGACAAUUUUUGUCAUCGGUAUAUUAGCUGCUUGAAAGGAAAGAUGCCCAUUGACUUGGUUAUAGACGACAGAGAAGGUGGAUCAAAAUCAGAUAGCGAAGACAUCACAAGAUCAUCGGGGAACCUUGAUCAGACUUCAUGGAACAGGGAUCACGAUGACACGGCGUCCAUACGCUCCGGGGGGACCCCAGGGCCCUCGAGCGGGGGCCACACAUCGCACAGCGGGGACAACAGCAGUGAGCAAGGUGACGGUUUGGACAACAGCGUGGCCUCGCCCAGCACGGGGGACGACGACGACCCCGACAAGGAGAAGAAGCGCAACAAGAAGCGCGGCAUCUUCCCCAAAGUGGCCACCAACAUCAUGCGGGCGUGGCUCUUCCAGCACCUGACCCAUCCUUACCCCUCAGAAGAACAGAAGAAGCAGUUGGCACAAGACACCGGGCUCACCAUACUACAAGUGAACAACUGGUUCAUCAACGCAAGGCGGAGAAUAGUCCAGCCCAUGAUAGACCAGUCCAACAGAGCAGGCAAUCAAGGCGGUCCGUACACUCCAGAUGGCCAGCCCAUGGGAGGGUUUGUCAUGGACGGACAACAGCACAUGGGAAUCAGACCACCUGGACUCCAAGGCAUGCCAGGGGAUUACAUGUCCCACUGUGGCCCGAUGGGCAUAGGCCAGCCCGGCUUCAGUCCCCCUGCGAUGCCCCCCCACCCCACUCAGCUGCGGCACGGGCCCCCCGUGCGCCCUUACAUUCCUGGACACCACCCCCACCACCCAGCGAUGUUGAUGCACGGGGGACCCCCCCACCACCCGGCAAUGCCCAUGUCAGCCUCCACCUCCUCCAUGUUCAACCAGGGGGACCCUACCAUGGGGGGACAAGUCAUGGACAUCCACGCUCUGUAGCUUCUUUUUUUUUUUUGUUGUCUUCUUUUUUUUUUUUUUUUUUAAGGGAUCGUCUACAAACGUGCGGUUCCGUACAAAACAGAACACAGUUUCUUUUUUUCUUUUUUUUUGCUCUUUUGUGUUGGCAACAGCAGCACCGUUUCAUGAGCUGCUGCUUCACGCAGACUGAGGACCUCCCAGUUGUGGCAUCUGAAAUGGACCAGGGGGGGAAGCUAAUGUCUGCAUUUCCAGGAAUACUGUUUUUUUUUUUGUUUUUUUUUUUGCACCGGAAUUUCCCUGGAAGCAAAAAAAAAUAAAUAGAUUAAUAAAAUUUUUUAAAAAUCACAGAAAACAAGAGAGUGAAAUUAUAACUAUAUCACUUCCUGGGUGGGUGGGUGGGUGGGGUGGGAUGGGAGGGGUUUGGGGAAGGAUAUGCUGUAUACUGUUGUAAAAAUACAUCGGACUCUCGUGAGAACUGAGAAUUAAUUAUUGUAAAUGCUCUUGUAUUGUUCUGCUUAUUAUUUUGUUUCUUAUAGAUUUUUUUAAAGAAGGAUGUGAACUUUUUUCUUUUUUUCGUUCCACACUAUGUGUGUGUCAUUUUCAUAAAACUUUGAACUUCCCCCCGCCACCCUCCCAUUCCCAGAUCUAACAUUUUGAUAAGUUGAUAAGUGAAUAAACGAACCAUUCGAUCGAUCGGACGAUAAGCCUUACUUUUCUCUGCCGGUGGCGUAAAGAGCUUGUUGUGGUAGACAACAGGCGAAAUAACAUCGGCCGUAAAAAAAAAAAAACGUGGGCCAUGUUCAGCGUCCAAUGUUACUGUCUCUUCCCCGAGGCCUGCUUUUUGCAUGUCUAAUUAAUUUACGCGUCACGUUAGGAUUGACUUGAGCAGAUGCCGUUAAGAGGGAGAGUGGGCGGGGCUUGUACAGGCUGAAGCUGGACUUGUCAGCUGUCGAGAGAAUGUCACAAGAAGAGUGAGGACAGGAGGCGAGAAACCAAAAGGUGUACCUGCAGUUACUGCAUCAGGUAUUAGGCCACUCCCCCUGAGCGAGACAUCUUUAAUGCCCCCCUUCCCCCGAACCCUGCCAUCUUGGAGAGUUUAUGUACACGUUGUAAAUAAAAAAAAUAAUAAUUAAAAAAGCAUUAAAAAAAGAAAAAAACUUUUUUUUGUGGGAAAGAAAUGGACCGGAAAAGAAUGGACUGUUGUAGUAUUGCUUUCUUUUUUUUUCUUUUUUUUUUUUUUACAUCCAAUAUCAGUCUGGUUUGAGUUUCUUUGCUUGAAAAGUCUCUAUAUGGGAUCUACUUGAGGCUUUGUUGUGGUUGAAUAAAUACUUGUGGAUUUUUUCUUC